AUCCUCUCAUUCCCAAACAAUCGAGCUCUCUAACCCUCGCUCUCGCUGCUGCGGCUCCCAUAAUUCGCUUGGUCGCAGAGGCUCUCGCUUUUCUCAAUAUGGGGAAAACACGUGGUAUGGGAGCUGGUCGAAAACUGAAGACCCAUAGAAGAAAUCAGAGGUGGGCAGACAAAUCAUACAAGAAAAGUCACCUUGGAAAUGAAUGGAAGAAGCCUUUUGCAGGAUCUUCUCAUGCAAAAGGCAUUGUGUUGGAAAAAAUUGGCAUUGAGGCUAAGCAACCCAACUCUGCUAUCAGAAAAUGUGCUAGGGUUCAAUUGAUCAAGAAUGGCAAAAAGAUUGCAGCCUUUGUUCCAAAUGAUGGUUGUUUGAACUACAUUGAGGAAAAUGAUGAAGUAUUGAUUGCUGGAUUUGGUCGUAAAGGGCAUGCUGUGGGAGAUAUUCCCGGAGUUAGGUUCAAGGUUGUGAAGGUUUCUGGUGUGUCUCUCUUGGCUCUUUUCAAAGAGAAGAAGGAAAAGCCCAGAUCUUAGUCUGUUACGUCUUUCAAUGUUUGGGGAACUUAUUAUUGAUUAGCUUCAUUGUGUUUUUACCCCUACUUUUUAACUUUUUCUUUAAGAUCUAUCUAUUAAAGAGACAGUUUUGGAAUUUUUUCCUUCUCUUUUUGGAACAGAUGCUAGCAUAUGUUGAAUUUGUUUA